GAUUUAAGAAGUAAUGUUAUAUUUGUUGUUUUUUAUAAUCUUGUAAUAAUAUGUAUGUACUUAGGUGCAGUGAUUUGUCGUGGCGAGCAGUUUCCGGGAGAAAGUUUGAGUUUCCGGCCUGGUUUUGAUCGGAAACUUCGCCGGAUAACCAUAUAGAAAAAUGGCAUUACCUCCUGAGGCUGCUACACCACGAGUUUUUAAUAAAGAUUCUCCACUACCACCACCACCGCCUUCAACCGAUUCAUCGCCAGCUCCAGAUUCAUCUUCUCCACCGCCAACAGACGCUUCUCCUCCCCCUUCUGAUGAUUCCCCACCACCACCACCACCACCAACAACAAAAGAAUCUUCCUCAAAACCAACCCCUUCAACGCCUGAAAAACCCAAAUCACCACCACAGAAGGGAUCGCCUUCUCCUCCAAUUUCAUCACCUACCACUCCUGCUCCUCGCGGUUCUCCUCCUACAAAUGCCUUAUCUCCACCAUCACAUCACUCGCCGUCACACAAGUCGCCAGAUUCCUCAGCCUCUGGUGGUGGUGGUGGUGGUUCGUCGCCGUCUCCAUCAUCUGAUUCCUCUUCUUCAAGUGUACCAAUCAUCGUCGGGAUUAUCGUUGGAGGAGUAUUGAUUUUUGCCUUGUUUGCCAUUUGCCUAGCAUGUUCAAAGAAGAAGAAGAAACGGACAUACUAUCCUGCACAUCCAGGCAAAGGUGGUGACAAAUACUACAAUGGCAACUCAGACCACAUUGUCAAGUUUCCUCCACCACAGGGUGUUAUGGGGACACCAGUAGGUGGCGCAGGAGGAUGGGGGGCACCACCACCACCGGGAAACACCAGCAGUGAAUUUAGCUCUGGGCAACACCAUAUACCUUUGGCAUCUCCAUCACCCAACAUGGGCAUGGGUGGCUUUUCCCAGAGCCAAUUCACUUAUGAUGAACUUGCAACAGCAACAGGGGGGUUUUCUCAAGCCAAUUUAUUAGGACAAGGUGGAUUCGGGUACGUACACAAAGGCAUUUUACCCAAUGGAAGGGAAGUUGCGGUUAAGAGUCUCAAGUCGGGCAGUGGACAAGGAGAGCGAGAAUUCCAGGCCGAGGUUGAAAUCAUUAGCCGAGUCCAUCAUCGUCACCUCGUGUCCCUUGUUGGAUAUUGCAUUGCUGAUGGACAAAGAAUGUUGGUGUAUGAAUUUGUCCCCAAUUCAACCUUGGAACACCACCUUCAUGGGAAUGGUCAGCCUGUGAUGGACUGGGUGACUAGGCUUCGUAUAGCCGUGGGAUCAGCUAAAGGGCUAGCUUAUCUGCAUGAAGACUGCCACCCUCGGAUCAUCCACCGUGACAUCAAGGCUGCAAAUAUCCUUCUUGACAACAACUAUGAAGCCAUGGUGGCAGAUUUUGGAUUGGCUAAGCUCACUUCCGAUAACUUUACUCACGUUUCCACACGUGUCAUGGGAACUUUUGGGUACCUAGCUCCCGAGUAUGCAUCAAGUGGCAAACUAAGUGAAAAAUCUGAUGUUUUCUCCUUCGGGGUGAUGCUCUUGGAACUCAUAACCGGGCAACGACCUGUGGAUCUUACGAAUAGAACAAUGGAAGACAGCUUAGUAGACUGGGCUAGGCCACUUAUGGCUCAAGCUUUGGAAGAUGGAAACUACAAUAAGCUCGUGGAGCCACGCCUUGAAGGUAACUUCGUUCCCCAGGAGAUGGCUCGAAUGGUAGCCUGUGCAGCUGCUAGCAUACGCCAUUCUGCCAGAAGGCGCCCGCGGAUGAGCCAGAUUGUACGUGCUUUGGAAGGAGACUCAUCCCUCGAUGACUUAAGCGAAGGAGGAAAAUCCUUAGUCCAGAGUGCAGCACAUAACCAUGGUGGGAACAACAUUGAUGUCUACGACACUCGUGCAUACAAUGCUGACAUGACGAAGUUCAGGAAGAUGGUGAUUUCAAACCCGGAUAAUGCAAGCAGCGAAUAUGGAGCAACAAGCGAGUACGGGCUCAAUCCAUCCUCAUCAAGCAGCGACUCUAGAGAACUCGACGAUUCAGUUCUGCACAAGCCAAAACCAUAGAGCAAUACACAACACUACCAGCUUUAAGUGCAAGUUCGAAAUUCAAUAUUAGAUCGUACUCGGCACUACGAUAUACAAAUAAAAACUAGAUACAAAUCGAUGUCGUUCUACGGCUAAUCUUCAUUUAUUCUUGGUUUCAUGGUGAAUAUGCAUAUACAGGCAUAUACAUGAAGUUGGAUUUGCCCUUGUUUUAUUGUUUAAACUUUUGGGGUAAUAUAGCUUAAGAUGCUAUGUGAACUUCAAAAACUAUAAUUCAUAUCAUUUUGUUACAUUAGUGUGAUAUGAAGGAAUGGAUUAACAAUUUUGUUAUAAUUUAGCUGGUGCA